UGGAGUGGCUUAUUGCUUGAUUUCGGACUUGCCUUGUAUCGUCAACAGCACCGUCUCCUGCUAAACAACCACUCCUGUCACACGCAAGCGUGAAAUCUGACGUGAUGCUCUUGCCACCGUCCCGUUCAACCGUUUGUUGGGAACCUCCCUUCAGACAGUCGUGCGUAUGCGCUGGUAACGACACAACCGCAUUGUCAGAGCAGUAUUCAAACUGAGCCGAGCGAUUACCAGAAAGAAACCAAUAGGUAACUUGAUCUGGAUUGAUAUCCUGCGGCAAUGUAAAGAUGGCGAGAGUGCUUCACAACUUGCUGUUAUUUCUAAUCAGACUUGCGCUGAAAAUUCGAGUUUUGGGGUAUUGGUCAUUGAUAUACGGUUAUUGUGCUCUUUGCACCACCGUAGCCCUGCUGAAACUUUGGUGGAACAUCAUCUUAAGGCCGACAACAACCUUCCAAUGGGGGGUUCGUGAAACUCCUCCGGCUUGUCUGAAUGACACGUCCUUGGGAACCCACUGUUAUGUUAGGAUCAAGGAAUCUGGCCUUAGGUUUCACUAUGUUGCUGCUGGAGAGAGAGGAAAGCCGCUCAUGCUGUUUUUACACGGCUUCCCUGAGUUCUGGUUCUCCUGGCGCUACCAGCUACGCGAGUUUAAGAGUGAAUUCCGUGUGGUGGCCAUCGACAUGCGGGGCUAUGGGGAGUCCGACUUGCCGCUCUCCACUGAAAGUUAUAACUUCGACAACCUGGUUACAGAUGUCAAGGAUAUUGUGGAGUACCUAGGAUACAACAGAUGUUGCCUUGUUGGCCACGACUGGGGUGGGACCAUAGCAUGGCUGUUCGCCAUUCACUACCCAGAGAUGGUGACAAAACUCAUCGUCCUAAACAGCCCCCAUCCUUCUGUGUUCUCAGAUUACGCGCUGCGUCACCCGAGCCAGCUGCUGAAAUCCAGUCAUUUCUUCUUCUUCCAACUGCCCCGCUUCCCGGAGCUCAUGCUCUCCAUCAAUGAUUUCAAGGCUCUGAAGGCCUUGUUCACCAGCCGCAGCACAGGGAUCGGAAGGAAAGGCCGAUGGCUCACUGCAGAGGACUUGGAGGCCUAUCUGUAUGCACUCUCACAGCCGGGAGCUCUGACUGGAGCCCUCAACUAUUACAGGAAUGUCUUCAGCUCCCUCCCCCUGAGCCAAAAUCAUGUCAGAUCACCGGUGCUGCUGCUGUGGGGUGAGCGGGAUGCCUUCUUGGAGCAGGAAAUGGCAGAGGCAUGUCGCCUCUACAUCCGGAAUCAUUUCCGUCUCAACAUCAUUUCUGGGGCCAGUCAUUGGCUGCAGCAGGACCAACCUGAUAUUGUGAACACCCUCAUAUGGACCUUCCUCAAGGAGGGCGAGGGACGCAAAAGCUACAGGAACUAAAUCCACAGCGAGGCCUCCUCCAGCCCUCCCCUUGUCCUUCUUGCUUGCCACACCUGGAAGCCUGGAAUAUGCCUGUGAUACCAAGCAACAUAGUAAUAAUGCAAUCAUUCUUUAAAUCUUUCAAAUAUUUUUUAAAGAAGUCAGCAGUAAAGGAAAGAAUCAAAGCACACUUCACUGGAGAGGACACAAAGCAGUAUGUUUGACACAUAUUCAAGAUGUUUUUUGCACAUGACAUCCGCCUUAAAGUUUGUCAGUUACAGCAUUACAAAUGUUUGGCAAAAUCUCCUUGUGACUUGUAUUGUGUGGUGCCUUUUUACUUUCGAGUAAAGAUUUCCUGAGAGAUUGGGAUGUGGCGUUGUCUGCUAUACUUAUAUGUAUCACUGGGUCGCUCCACUCUUCUUUGGGCACAGUCCUUUGGGAGCCAUAACUCUCCAACUCCCUUUAUCAGGUAGUGUUGUCUAAAGGAGUUUUCUUUUUUUGUAUUUUUUUCCUCAGAAAUACUCAAAUGUAGAGAAUGUUGUUAUUAUGAUCUUCAUGUAUAUAAAUGUCAGUGAUGGUUGACUAUUGUACUAUUUUGUAUCUAUUCCUACACGCUGCAUUUUGGAAUUCACUGAGCCAGGUCUACACCAUUUGAUUUUAUAAAUAAACUAAGUGUCAAUCUGUUGGACUACA